GAUCCUAGACUGUUCACAACAACCAAUAAAAACCAGAGUAACAAUAGAAAACCCUUCCCAUCAGAUGCCAGAUCAACCACCCUAUUAACUUCCUGACUCAACCCUCAUCCAAGCCCGGUAUUUGGGGCUGAAGAACAGAAUCUGGGAGCAUGGAAACUAUAGCUGCUGCUACUCCUCCUGGAGGAUCAAAUGGCUUGGAAGAACCCAAGAAGAUGACGAGAGAAGAUUGGAGAAAGAAGAAGGAAUUGGAAGAACAACGAAAACUGGGAAAUGCACCUGCUGAAGUGGAUGAAGAAGGAAAAGACAUCAAUCCUCAUAUUCCCCAGUACAUUUCCUCAGUGCCAUGGUAUAUAGAUCCUUCAAAAAGGCCUACAUUGAAACAUCAGAGACCUCAAGAAGAGAAACAAGAAGAAUUUACAUCACUAGGAGAAUGGUAUAAGCGAGGAGUUAAAGAGAAUGCUGUCUCAACCAAAUACCGUAAAGGUGCUUGUGAGAACUGUGGUGCAUUGACCCAUAAGAAGAAAGAUUGCCUAGAGAGACCUAGAAAAGUUGGAGCAAAAUUUACAGGAACGAACAUUGCACCAGAUGAGCACAUGCAGCCUCAAUUGAUGUUUGAUUAUGAUGGGAAAAGAGACCGUUGGAAUGGUUAUAACCCAGAAGAGCAUAUGAAGAUUGUAGAAGAAUAUGCCAAGGUUGAUCUAGCUAAACGCACACUCAAAGCUCAGAAACUACAGGAAGAACUGGCUUCAGGAAAACUAACAGAGCAAGUGAAUUCCCCACGACAUCGAUGGGGAGACGACGAACCAAAUUCACAAACGGAAAGAGAUCAUAACAGUGAAGAUGAAGACGAAGACAAAUAUGCAGAUGACAUUGAUAUGCCUGGACAGAAUUUUGACUCCAAAAGACGCAUUACAGUCCGAAACCUGCGUAUUCGAGAGGAUAUCGCUAAAUACCUACGAAAUCUAGACCCCAAUUCUGCCUACUAUGAUCCUAAAACCAGAGCAAUGAGGGAGAAUCCUUAUGCCAAUGCAGGAAAGAAUCCAGAUGAAGUCAGUUAUGCAGGAGAUAACUUUGUUCGUUACACGGGAGCCACCAUUUCCAUGGCCCAAACUCAGUUGUUCGCCUGGGAGGCCUAUGAAAAAGGCUCUGAAGUUCAUCUUCAAGCAGAUCCUACAAAACUUGAACUCUUGUACAAAUCCUUCAAGGUGAAAAAAGAAGACUUUAAACAGCAGCAGAAAGAAAGCAUCUUAGAGAAGUAUGGAGGGGAAGAACAUCUGGAUGCCCCACCAUCAGAAUUGUUACUUGCUCAGACAGAAGACUAUGUGGAGUAUUCUAGACAUGGAACUGUUAUUAAAGGACAAGAGAAGGCUGUUGCUCGAUCUAAGUAUGAGGAGGAUGUAAGGAUCAACAACCACACAUGUAUUUGGGGUUCUUACUGGAAAGAAGGAAGAUGGGGCUAUAAAUGCUGCUACUCAUUUGUCAAGUUUUCAUACUGUACGGGAGAAGCUGGAAAGGAAAUUGCUAAUGCCAGUGAAGAAUUGCUAACUGAGGUGCAUGAGGACGAGCAGUUAACCAAACCCAAAACUCUAGUGGAGAUACACCAACACAAACAAAAAGAAGAAAAGAAGAAGAGAAAGAAAAAGCAUAAGAAGAGUACAAGUUCUGAUAGUGAGGGAGAAGAAAGAAAGAAACAAGAAAAAUUGAAAAAGGCACUGAAUGCAGAAGAAGCCCGUCUCCUUCAUGUGAAAGAAAUCAUGCAAUUAGAUGAGAGAAAGAGACCAUAUAAUAGCAUGUAUGAAAACCGAGAACCAACAGAGGAGGAAAUGGAGGCUUACCAAAUGAAGCGCCAGCGACCAGAUGACCCCAUGGCCUCUUUUCUGGGGCAGUAGUUUUGGGCAAAGGACUUGUAAAUAGGCAUCUAAAUGGAUCAAUGUUGUAUGUGGGUCACUUUUCCUUAGCAAGUUGUCAGCUGAGAUGGCUUGUUCUUUCGCAUCAUACUAGAGCAUGGCCCAGCCGUCCUGGAGCUCUCCAAGUAGAAAGAGAGCCAGCCAGAUUUCUAUUUGUUAAGCAGGUUUGCUCAAAUCCUUGGAAUGUGCUGGAUGAAUUUCUGAAUUUAAAAAAAAAAAAAAAAGCUAUAUUGAUUGGAAGAGUCAGAAAAUAUUGCAGAUACCAAACAGCCCACAGUUGAUAGGGUCUGUUUCAAAAAUACAUAAUUGUUUACUUCCCUGAAAAGAUUAAAGCUGACUUUGGUGAAAACUAUCUGAAUCUAAUAGAAUUUCACAAUUCUGAAAUGGUUCUCAGUUACUCAGCAGAAUUUAUUUUAGCAUUCCAGUUAUUAAAAGUGAUUCAGAUAUUGCA